UGACCGUACGGGCAGGCAAGGAGCAGCAGCAGCAGUGAGGUGAAUGCGCCGGGUCAAGUCCGGUGCGAGGGGAUCAAGUUGUAAAAAUUGAGGCGUCUAAUUAACACGGCGAGCCGAAGCAGCCCGGAGCAAUGGACGCACGAAAGCUCACGGAGCUGCUGCGGGCGACGAUCGACCCCGCGCAGCAGAAGGAGGCGGAAGCCCAGCUCAAUCAGAUUCACAAAAUUAUCGGUUUUGCGCCAACGCUGCUGCAGGUAGUAAUGACAAAUGAGGUCGACAUGCCCGUCAGGCAAGCUGGUGUAAUUUAUCUAAAAAAUUUAAUCACUUCAAACUGGGCGGACAAAGAGGCGGAUGGCUCUGCACCCGUAGAGUUUAAUAUUCACGAGCAAGAUCGUGCAAUGAUACGCGAUGCCAUAGUAGACGCAGUAGUACACGCGCCGGAAUUAAUUAGAGUACAAUUAGCGGUAUGCAUCAGUAAUAUAGUUAAGCACGACUUUCCUGGAAGAUGGACGCAGAUAGUGGACAAAAUUACGAUAUACCUUCAAAAUCCAGACGCUUCGUGCUGGCCUGGUGUUCUCCUCGCGCUGCAUCAGCUCGUCAAAAAUUUCGAGUACAAGAAAGCAGAAGAGAGGGGACCACUAAAUGAAGCAAUGAACUUGUUAUUCCCUAUGAUCUACCAAUUGAUAUUACGCUUAUUGCCAGAUUCGUCCGAGCAGUCUGUCCUACUUCAGAAACAGAUACUGAAAAUUUUCUUUGCGCUUACACAGUACACACUUCCAUUGGAUCUUAUCUCGAGAGAGGUAUUUUCGCAAUGGAUGGACGUAGCGAGACAAAUAGCCGAUAGACCGGUACCGCCAGAGACUAAUAAUCCAGAUCUGGAUGAUGACGAGCGUGCGGAACUACCUUGGUGGAAGUGUAAAAAAUGGGCUUUGCACAUUUUGCACAGGAUGUUUGAGAGAUACGGUAGUCCAGGAAACGUGACCAAAGAAUAUAAGGAAUUCGCAACGUGGUACUUGCGCACUUUCAGCGCUGGUAUUCUUGAAGUGCUCCUCAAGAUAUUGGAUCAAUAUCGUAGAAAAAUCUACGUCUCUCCUAGAGUAGUGCAGCAGUCGAUCAAUUACAUCAAUCAAGGCGUGAGUCAUGCAUACUCCUGGAAGUUCUUGAAACCGCAUAUGUUUGAGAUCAUACGCGACGUUUUGUUCCCCAUCCUUUCAUAUUCUGCCGCCGACGAGGAAUUGUGGAACACCGAUCCCUACGAAUACAUCCGAGUCAAAUUUGACAUUUUCGAGGAUUUCGUGUCGCCGGUGACGGCGGCGCAAACCCUGCUACACUCAGCGUGCCGGAAACGUAAGGAUAUGCUUCCGAAAACGAUGCAAUUUUGCGUGGAAGUAUUGACUAGUCCUAAUGCAGAUCCGAGACAAAAGGACGGCGCCUUGCACAUGAUUGGAAGUUUAGCCGACGUUUUGUUGAAGAGAUCGAUCUAUAAGGAACAAAUGGAUAAGAUGUUGUUACAAUACGUAUUCCCGGAAUUUACCAGCCCUCAUGGACAUAUGCGUGCAAGAGCCUGCUGGGUGAUGCAUUACUUCUCGGAAAUCAAGUUCAAGUCUGAACAAAUUUUGAUCGAGGUGGUCAGACUGAUCACAAACGCUCUGCUCACCGAUCAGGAUCUGCCCGUUAAGGUCGAGGCAGCGAUUGCGCUUCAGAUGAUACUGUCCGCACAGCCAAAAGCUCAGAAGUACAUCGAACCACUAAUCAAACAAAUAACACUUGAAUUGCUAACUAUAAUAAGACAAACUGAGAACGACGAUCUGACGAGCGUCAUGCAGAAGGUUGUUUGUACAUAUACCGAACAAUUGAUGCCAAUUGCCGUGGAAAUCUGUCAGCACUUGGCUGCUACAUUUAGCCAGGUGCUCGACACAGACGAAGGUAGCGACGAGAAAGCAAUAACGGCGAUGGGCCUUUUGAAUACAAUAGAAACAUUAUUGACUGUAAUGGAAGAGCAUACUCAAAUUAUGUCGCAACUUGAACCCAUAGUCGUCCAAGUGAUAGCUCAUAUCUUCGAGCACAGCGUGAUGGAAUUCUACGAAGAGGCUUUGUCACUCGUUUAUGAUUUAACUGGCAAGGUCAUCUCCGAAAACAUGUGGAAGAUCCUCGAACUCAUAUAUCAGCUGUUUGAGAAAGAUGGCUUCGACUAUUUCACCGACAUGAUGCCGGCGUUGCACAAUUACAUCACGAUCGAUACUCCGGUCUUUUUAUCGAACGAGAAUCACAUUUUAGCCAUGUUUAAUAUGUGCAAAGCUAUCCUGACUGGAGAGAGCGGCGAAGAUCCCGAGUGUCAUGCUGCCAAAUUACUAGAAGUUAUAAUUCUCCAAUGCAAAGGGCACAUAGAUCAGUGUAUACCGUCAUUCGUGCAAUUAGUCCUGGAACGCCUGAUGCGCGAGGUGAAGACUUCCGAGUUACGAACGAUGUGUCUGCAAGUGGUCAUUGCUGCUUUGUAUUACAAUCCUACACUUUGUUUACAAACCAUGGACAGAUUGCAGGGAAAUCAAUUCGAGCAGCCGGCAGAACCGCUCGCCUCACGUUUCAUCAAGCAGUGGAUUAACGACACGGACUGUUUCUUGGGUUUACACGAUCGCAAGCUGUGCGUUCUUGGAUUGUGCACGUUGAUGAGCAUGGGCCCUGCGCGGCCAGCUGCCGUGAACGAAUGUGCGACGCAGAUCAUUCCAUCCUUGAUCCUGCUGUUCGACGGUCUGAAGAGAGCGUACGCUGCUAAAGUCGUGGACGUUACCGAUGAGGAGGACGACGAGGAGGAAAGCGACAUCGAGGAGGAAGUUCUGUCGUCCGACGAGGACGAGGUGGACGAUGCCAAUCAGGAGUACCUCGAGAAACUACAGGACAAGAUAACGAGGACGUCCGCGCAGCACGGUUUUAACGUUAGCGCGACCAUACAAGACGGUCAUGGGGAUCACAGGUCCGAUGAUGUUGACGACGACGACGAUACGGAAUUCGAUGCUAACGAAGAGACUGCUCUCGAGAGCUACAUAACACCUUUAGACUCGGACGACUCCAAUCAAGACGAAUACGUGAUCUUCAAGGAGGUUAUACAGAAUAUCGAAAGAACUGAUAUGGCUUGGUACAUGGCCUUAACAAGUCUCCUUAGCCCUGAACAAGAGAAAGCUAUGCAAGAAAUUAUCCUGUUAGCGAAUCAACGCAAAGCGGCGUUAGAAAGCAAAAGGAUUGAGCAGAGCGGAGGUUACGCCUUUCACUCACAGACUGUUCCCACCUCGUUUAACUUCGGUGGGACACCUUUAAGUCGAUAAGGACUUAUAAUCAUUUCAAUUUUAGAUUAACUAAGUAAGUAAAACAAAAAAAACCUUAUGCAAAAUCUGAAUUGGACAUCUAUAGUACGCGAUCAUUACCACAUGACCACUCGCCGGAAAUAUUACGCAUUUCCUAUUUACUAUUUUUGUGUAAACUAAUUGUACAUUACUAAGGCAAUCCAACAAAGUCUUUAAUACAUUAAGGCAACACUAACACUUUGUGUCCAUGAGAUCAGCCUCGUGCACGCCGUUGUUUCAUUAGUCGAGACAUCAGGCUUCUUAGUUGUCAUGUGAAAAUGUAUAUUCUCUUUUAUACAUUUACUAUUAAAUAUUUACGCAGAUUGAUUUAAUUGAAAUUGCCAUUUCUUGUUUGACAAACAGCAACGCGUUUUCUUGACAAUUCGAAAUUGACUGUUAUUUCACUUUCAAGCUCUGAUUAAAAACAGUCUAGCGUGGCUUGCUAGAGAGACAAUAUACUUUAUAUAAAAUAUAUAUUUGUUAGUGUUUUGAAUGCCUUAGCUUAAAAUUUAUUUUUAGCAGAACAUGCAAAAUCGCUUAGUUUAUAAAAUGACGUCUGUUACAGAAACUGUGUUAAAUUGUUGGUAUAAAUAUAUCAAAAAAAAUUUUUUGAUCAUGUGUCAACUAUGUUAUUUGAUAUUAUUAACAAUUAGCUCAGUAAAACAUUGUAUUGUACACUCUCGAAAUUUAUUAUAAAUUCUGCAACAAAGGAAAAGUGUAAAGUGUACUAGACGUAAAUCGCAGAAUUGUUUUUUGCCUGGAAACGACAAACAAAUAAUACAAUUUAGAUAUAUAAGAGUAAUUUAGAUUUUUAAAUAAAUACUGUUUUUUUCAAAAGUCUUUGUUUUAAACGUAUGUUGUACUAUAUGGCCAUUCUGCAGCUACCGAUCACUUUACGUAAAUCCCAGCACAAUUUAUUUUGACGAAUGAAAAUAGGUUUUACUAUAUUUUACACUUAUCUGACAUACCCUGAAACAUGAAGCUACAUCGGUCACUUUAAGCGAAUACCUUAAGUAGCUCCUGUAACAGCGAAGUGUCUUUGUAAUUGUAGAUCUUGGAACAAGAUCUGCAAGUCAGUAAUGUAUUAAGAGGCAUCAACGAAAAACAUGGUAAAUUUAGACAUUUAGCUCUCUCUUUCACGAGGUAUUUGUCACUGUGAAGUAGGAUGAACUUGGAGCAGAAAUAAACUAUAAAUAUCAGAGCCCAAAAUGAUAAAGGCGUACAAAGAAGAGGUGUUCUGUGCUGUGGUUAGUGAAAUGAUUAUUGCACAAGUGCUUUUUAUAUCAGAAUGCAAAAGGAUACGUGCGUCAAUUACGCGUCGCUUCGGAAUAUAAAAUCAUUAUCUGUAUUUAAGUCCAGAAUUUCCUACCGAAGUGUUAUCAUAGAUAGUGAAACUGCAUCGUCAACACAUUUGGUCGAGAUGCUUGAUACAUGCUUGUUUAUGAUCUACUUGGUGAGAUCUUUAUUUUACUCGUCGAACACGAUCUCUGCUGUUUUUCACAUAAAACUGCAAGAAACAUGUAUAAUUUUAAUCAUACUUAAUAUCAAAUUUCUUGGUAAAGAUUCUAUAUACAGGGUGCAGCAAAGAUACAAUGAAGUGAGAAACAGAUACGGAAUGAUGAUCAAAUUUUGUUAACGAUCGCAAUCGUGACACACUUGGAUACGUCAGUGUCUCAAAAUUUAAAAUCAUAAAAAUAUUCUAUACAUAUGUGUGUGUGCUUUUAUAAAAGCGAUAAUUUUAUACAGGAUUUAAUUGUUUUACGUUUAAAAAUGAGAAGAAACGUAAUAAAGAGUUCACAACUUCCUAAUAUAUAUUUUACAUAUAUUGCAGGACUAUAUCCUCUUAUUGAUAUAUCCUCUUAUUGAUUUACAGUAGAUAUUAUUAGUCUUAAAAUCUCCAAGUAAUGAGGUAAAAUAGUCUCAGUAUGAACAAGAAUAUAGUAUAUUUAUGAUUGCUCAAUAUCUUUAAAAUAUUCACAUAUAAUGUGCAUACAUGUCUCUCUUUCUUGAAUCUCAGAAAGUUAGGGAUAUUUUGUACGUAACAGCAAUUUAGAUAUUAAAGUGUAAAUAAAAUUAGAAAAUUAUGCAAUCCUACAAAAUUGGUGACAAGCAAAUCAAAUUGCAAAUCAUAAGAGAAACACCUGUGUGCGUUGCAUAUUAAAAAAUUUAUUCUUUCCUGACACGAUUAAUAGUAUUUAAAUAAACUGUAUAUUUCAUAUACUUGCCUCGUAUAUAAUUUUAUUUUGCAGUACCCUGCUUUCUUUUGGAUUGAUUUUACUUGGAUUUACACACAAUCAUUGAUUUCUUGCAGAGUUUAUCAGAGAUAUAUAUGUAAACGAUUCCUGAUAUUGUAACGUGCUUUAUGAACAUACGCGUCGAAUGAAGAAAAACCGUCGCUCUUUAUACUGCGUGACUUGCUGUUCCCGAGCUCAUGGCUUAUUGUUUUAUCACAGUUAAAUUCUUUGUGCAUGUAACGUGAAAACAGUUAAUUGAUUGAGUCAAUUUUUAAAAAGGAGUAUUUAAAAAAGUGCCUUGAAACGUUGAACGCAGACGGGACCUAAAUUAAAGAAUACAGCGGAGUAAGCUGUAGGUCGGAGUGAGGCCAGGACACUUCUCUAGUUUAUAAGUUCUAUAAGUACUGUGGGUACUGUAUUAAAAUAUAAUAAAUUAAUAGUAACCGAUAGAGAGAGACGAGACGAAAACUGUUCCUUUGCUCUUUAUAGGAUACAAACCGUAACUUUCUUUGUAAUAAUGGAUAUUUACCAGAAAUAACGCAUUCUCUCAGUAGUUUUUAUAUGUAACGAUAAAUAAAUUAUAAUAUAAAUAAUCGUAGUGGCGGGGUAAAGUCUUACGAUAAAAUCAUAUAUACGCUUAAGUCUUGAUAUUGUAUAAACUGAUACGAGGUAAGAUAUAACUAUAACUUGGUGCUUUAAUAUGGAUGAAGUUUAUAGAAGCUUCACUAUAUAUUAAACUGAAAAUGUAGUCUCUA